AUUCUUCCCCGUGUUUCCCAGAACUGCCCUGUACUGCUCCUUCUCCAUCCAUGAAAAAAGAGCCUGCUUCCAAGACGAUAGGGGGCCUGUUGGAAACGCAGUCGUUGCACGAAGCAGAUGAAGACAUGGUCACUGAUGUUGAUUUCACCAAUAUGAUUUCUGAAGAAGAGAAAGAAGAGUUAAAGACUGAGCUAGCCAAGCUAGAGGAUGAAAUUUCAACUUUGCGGCAAGUGUUAGCAGCCAAAGAAAAGCACCUGGUGGAAAUUAAGCAAAAGCUUGGCAUAAGUCUGAUGAAUGAAUUGAAGCAGAACUUUAGCAAAAGCUGGCAUGAUAUGCAGACAACUUCUGCUUACAAGAAAACACACGAGACCCUGAGCCAUGCAGGACAGAAGGCAACAGCAGCUAUCAGCAAUGUGGGAACCGCUAUCAGCAAGAAGUUUGGAGACAUGAGAUCACAUUCAAUUGGUUACUCUAUUCGCCAUUCCAUAAGCAUGCCUGCGAUGAGGAAUUCUCCAACUUUCAAAUCAUUUGAGGAGAAGGUUGAGACCACCGUCACGAACCUUAAGACCAAGGUUGGUGGGACAGGUCACACCGGGGGCAGUUUUGAAGAAGUUCUCAGCUCUACAGCCCAUGCCAGCGCUCAGAGCUCUCUUGCUGGCACCCGACUUCCUGAGAACGAGGAAGAGCUUCAAUGUUAGGCUUCAAGCCCUCCCAAGCCUUGUCAGCCUCUGUUCAGAGACCUACCCAGCCAGCAAUUUCUAGAUGUCCCUCACCACCCAGUUUGCGCAACAAGGUUUUGUCAGCUUUGGAAAAUUGCCUCGCUGACCUUGUCCUGGAGAAAUUCUUCCUCUCUAUAUUUAUAUUUUGGAUGGGCGAUUUUAUCAUUAGGUAUUUCGUAUGCCAGAGGAACCACAAACAAGUAAUAGACUUAAAAUACUCUAAAUUCUGUAAUGUUAAGUGACCAAAUGAGUUUUCAUUUUCAGGUAACUUCCCUCCAGAAUUCUCCCAAUCUCUAUUUCUUAUUUCUUUUAUUUUACUGUGUUUUGUUUCUGUUGGUUUGCAACCCUCUUCUCAGUGCCACAUCAGACAGAUGGACCCAGAGCUGUGCAAAGAUUUCUUCUGCCAGCAACAGUCCAUGCACCAAGUGUCUACCAGCCACACCAGGUGCCCUUUGCUCAGGAGUGUCUGUACAUGGUCUAUUUCCUAAUGGAGUUAAAAUCACUUACUAUCACAGAAAAGCUUUUCCUCUUUCAGUGAUAGUCUGACAUUGCCCUCCCUCCAUUCAUCAGCAGAGAUAAGGAGCACAGGAAGAGACACCCAGUUAUUCAUAUAGAAACUAAGCUGAUCUCAUCUGCUGAUCUAAGCUGAUCAGUGUAGCUGGAAAAGCUUCGGUUUAAAAAUGUGUUCUGUUGCUUGCUCUUUGUGGUUUGAUAAGACUCAACAGUAGAAGCUAAUUACAAAGGGAAGAGGUAGGGGGAAAAAAAACGCCUGUAAUAAUUUUGCCUCUAUAUCUUCUCCUCAAAAAUAAGGGAAGGUAAAUUUAUGACUGAACAGCAGGAGCCUCGUUGCAGUUACAGCCUUAAGAGAAAGACUACAUAAACAACAAUUGACUAAAGAUGUGCCAUAGGCUAGAGAGCCCAUGCCUUCAGUCCAUACUCCAGAGCUGCUAGCAUAAAACCCCCCCCCCACC